AUGACCCAGAACAUGGAAACGUUUGGCGCCCGCCUUGCCAGCUUCGACCGGGUGCUGCAACCGGAGAAGCGACGAGGAUCGAGCGCGAAGAGCGCAAAAUCGAUCGCCUGGCCUCACCGGAGGCCCUCGCCGGCUGAAUUGGCGCAUGCGGGUUUCUUUUAUAACCCUUACGAGACCAACCCCGAUAAUACGACAUGCUUCCUGUGCCGGAGAGCGCUCGACGGAUGGGAGGAAGAGGACAAUCCGAUCACGGAACACUUGAAGCAUUCUCCGGACUGCGGUUGGGCGCUCAUGAUGGACAUCCAGCAGCACAGUUCCAACCCCGCAGAGAUUGAGGACCCAACAAGCGACACGAUAAGGCAGGCACGAUUGGCUACCUUUGGUGAGCUGUGGCCACAUGAUGGAAAACGGGGCUGGGUUUGUCAAUCCGAAAAGAUGGUUGACGGCGGGUGGUAUUUUUGCCCGACCGAUGAGAGCGACGAUCUGGCCAGCUGUGCCUACUGUAAACUGUCGCUCGAUGGAUGGGAACCCAAGGACGAUCCCUUUGAUGAACAUUAUCGCCGCUCAUCUGACUGUUCUUUCUUUGUCUUUGCACAAUCAGGCGGGAAAAAAAAAGGAUCACGGUCGAAGAAAGCGCGCACUUUCAAGGUUUCUCGACAGUCAACCCAAUCCACCGUCUCCGAAGCGCCCGUAUCGGACGUGGACGUGAUCGACCCUCCUGCCAUGUCCCAAUCAACUACGAAACCCAAAACCACGAAGAAGGCGUCCAAAUCCAAGACCAAAACAUCUAAAUUAAAGAAAGCCGAACCCGAACCCGAACUGAGUCCUGCCGAAAUGGAGAUUGAUGAGCUCGAAGAACCCCAACCCAAGCGAGCCGCGCGAGGCAAGAAGAGGCCUAGUGGUGAGGUUGAUCCGGAUCAAGAGGACUCAGAUAUCGCCAAUACCCAAGAAGUCGAGCAUGCCGAGGCCCCGACGAAAAAGAAGGCCAAGAAGUCGCGCGAGAGUGCCCAGGAAAAGAAGCAAGAGGAUGUCGUGAUUGCCGACGCGCAUCAGGAAGAGGGUGCUGCUCAAGAACCUCAGGAACAAGAAGAACCUAAAAAGGCUCGCGGCACGAGCAAGAAGAAGACAUCGGCUAAAUCGCGCAAAGCAUCGAGCGCGUCAUCUACCUCUAAACCGACAGCGAAAUCCGAAGAGCCGCAAGAAGUAGAUAUGUAUGCGGCUCUUGAAGCAGAGCUUGACAAUCCUGAACCGGCGCAGUCCAACGAAAAGGUCGAACAAAAACCUGCAAAGAAGUCCAAAUCCAAGAAAAAGAAGAAGGAUGCGUCCCCAGAACCGUCAGGUGAAGAUGUACCCCAAUUGGAAGAAUCGCAUCCGGACGUCCCUCAAGAGACUGUAACGACCGAGCCGCUCGCCCCAGAAGAGCCCACUCAACCAAAAACGAAGCAAGAAUCAACGAAGCGAGAGUCAAACAAGCGAGAGUCAGCCAAGCAAGAAAAGCCAAGAGGCCGAAGCAGCUCUAAGCGAGUAAAUGAGGAACCGACAGAGCCAACGAAGCCUUCUGAACCGGCUCCCGAGCCUGCUUCUGAUGUGGACGAUGGCACGGAUAUUGACGUAUCCCGGCAUGAAUCAUUCGUCUCGGUGGAGAUUCCGAAUAAGCUACCAGCACAAGAUCCUCCAGCCGACUCGAGUGACAAGGACACGAAGAAACAGAAGAAAAAGUCUUCGUUAGAGAAGACUAAGAAACCCAAGAAAACGUCGAAAACGGCGCCUGAGCCAGUUCAGUCGAUCGAGGAGCCCAUUGAAGAGUCUAACGUUGGAGACCAGGUCCAGUCACAAGAAGCUCCGAAGCCCCAAGGGUCCCCAGAAAUCCAAGAACAAGAGCCUGAUCCAGAGCCACCUCGACGCAGAUCUUCGAGGAUGCCUCCCAAGACAACCGAGCGAUAUAGUGAUAUCCCGGAGGAAAAGAAACUUGCUAAAUCACUUGCGGGAUCACGCAAUUCCGUUACCCGUGCCGCUCUAGAAGAAGAUACGCAGAAAGACGACGAGCCCGAAGCUGUCUCGCCCAUUCCGUCUGCCUCGAAGAGCACCCCGUCCCUAUCACCGCAGUCAUCCGACGCCGAAAACCGGCCACCAUCCAUGAAACCCUCUGCAUCCCGGCCUGUUGCGGCGUCACCGUCCAGACAGCCAACUCUUCCAGUUCCAUUGGCGCCGAGUACGCCUUCUCCAUCGAAACGCGCUCCUACCACGGGAGGUCUGAAUACUUCUUGCCCCUGGAAACCGGUCGACAUCGAUGAGAUUCUAUUCGCCGGCAAUAGCGACAAGGAGAACGUCGACAUAACCACUGCUCUGAGCAGCGUGAAAGGGGAUUUGUCGAGCCCGGAGAAGAAAAUGACCGUGGAACAAUGGAUCGCAUGGAAUGCGAAGAACGGGGAGGAGAGGUUACGGCGAGAGUGCGAGAGGCUUGUUGGCCAAUUCGAAAAGGAAGGGGCACGGGCAAUGCGCGUCUUGGAGGGAAUUGAAUGCACUGAUUAG